GGUUUAGGCUGUGACUUUGUCGCGAAAAGCGAUGGGAGGCCUUUACUGAACAUUGAGGGCGUGGUGGGAGGUUGCCGAUUCUCUGCCAAGAAUACAUCCUUGUGCUCCCCUUUGAUAACACAUCGCAGGAGACCGCGUUUUCCAGUGGUUGGCAAUCAGUCGAAUUCUGAUUUUGGUCUAGUUUCUGCUGAUGUUAACGACUCCUUGGCUUCAGAACGGGAGCAUCCUCUGACAAAUUCUGAUGAAGGGACUGUUCAGUUACCAGCAUCUCCUGUCAACCAACCACAUUACACCAGUGUCAAAAGUGAGCUUCUGAUGCUGUCUUUGCCUGCUCUCGCUGGUCAGGCAAUUGAUCCUCUGGCACAGUUGAUGGAGACAGCAUAUAUUGGUCGACUGGGCACUGUGGAGUUGGCUUCUGCUGGUGUUUCCAUAUCCAUAUUCAAUGUCGUAUCAAAGUUAUUUAAUAUUCCUCUUCUUAGUGUUGCGACUUCCUUUGUGGCUGAGGACAUAGCUAAAAAUGCUGAUCAAGAUUCUGUUUCAGGGCAUGUUGUUGUUGAAAGUAGUGAGAAUGGCAAACCAUUAGCAGUAAUUCCCCAAAGAAAGCAACUAUCCUCCGUGUCCACUGCUUUGUUAUUAGCUUUGUGGAUUGGCAUUUUUGAGGCUUUAGCUUUGUUUAUGGGAUCUGGAGCAUUUCUGCAUUUAAUGGGCAUAUCAAAAGAAAAUCCUACACUCAUUCCAGCGCAGCAGUUUCUCUCAUUAAGAGCACUUGGUGCUCCAGCAGUUGUACUUUCUUUGGCUCUUCAAGGCAUAUUCCGUGGUUUUAAGGAUACAAGGACUCCUGUUAUAUGCCUGGGCAUUGGGAAUCUUUCAGCUGUCAUUUUAUUUCCCUUACUUAUUCAUUACUUUAAGUUGGGUGUGACUGGCGCAGCCAUUUCUACUGUCCUCUCUCAAUAUAUUGUGACCCUAUUGAUGAUCUGGUGUCUGAAUAAGCGAGCUGUAUUAUUACCUCCAAAGAUGGGAGCACUACAGUUUGGUGGUUAUAUUAAGUCUGGUGGCUUCCUUAUUGGAAGAACACUUUCUGUUCUUAUAACCAUAACAUUGGGAACAUCAAUGGCUGCUCGUCAAGGUCCAGUAGCUAUGGCUGCACAUCAGAUAUGUAUGCAAGUGUGGUUGGCUGUUUCCCUUCUCACUGAUGCUCUGGCUACAUCUGCUCAGGCUCUUAUUGCAAGUUCUGUAUCCAGACGUGACUACAAGGUUGUGAAGGAAAUUGCUCAUUUUGUGUUACGAAUUGGACUGCUCACAGGUAUCUGUUUGAGUGCAAUUUUGGGUGCAUCUUUUGGACCCUUAGCUACCUUUUUUACUAAGGACCCUGAAGUCUUGGAUGUUGUUGGUAUGGGAGUGCUGUUUGUCAGUGCUUCUCAACCUUUUAAUGCUCUGGCAUAUAUCUUUGAUGGCCUUCAUUUUGGGGUCUCUGAUUUCCCAUAUGCAGCUUAUUCCAUGAUGUUAGUGGGAGCAGUGUCCUCAGCAGUUUUGUUAUUUGCACCUUCAGUCAUUGGCCUUCAUGGGGUAUGGCUGGGCUUGACUCUCCUAAUGGCCCUUCGUACAGUGGCUGGUUUUGUCAGAUUACUGUCAAAAUCUGGUCCUUGGUGGUUUCUACACGAUUUACGAAUUGCCUAGGGUCAUGGUACGGAACACAUGAUUGGCAUCAACUGAGUCACUGGGGUUCAUCAUAUGGUCCCAUACUUUGUCAUUUUUGCUUCCACUGAUUAACCUGAAGUUCUUCACAAUCAUCUUGUUCAUUCUAAUCUGUCCAAGCUUUAAAAGAUGUGAAUGGUGUUGCGGAAUGUAAAUUUGGCCCCUGAUAGAGAUUGCCUGUUCUGUGUUAUCUCAUCAGCUGCAUGCCUUCUGUUUCAACAUUAGAGCAUUUGAACCUGUGAAGCAGUUGCCUUUUCCUCGUUCCGUAUUCUGAAGGAGAAAGCUGAUGGAGCGCUGGAAUUGACACUUGAAGAUGGUUGUAUUCAUCAGAUGCUUCAUUUUUUUUUUUGGCCAAAAAAAAAUCGGAUGCUUGAUUUUUAUGUUAAAUCAAUCAAGUUGGCCGUUUGACUUCCCGCUCUCAUAUUGCAUAAAUAAAUUGGGACCCUUACAAACACUUUCAGUUUUCGAUUUUUAAUUCUUGGACAAACAUCAGAAGGCCUUUAAGCUAACAUUUACAGGCUCAUGUAUUGAAAUUAGUCAGUUGCGGUAGAAAUGAGAAGUCAGAUCAGAGCUAAAUAUUUGCUUGGUUUAGCCA